AUGAUGUAGGAGAAUAGUAAUUUAAUGCCUGUUGAUGAAAUCUGGAAAUAAUUGAGUAAAGUAACAACAACUGUAAAUAGGAAUGUUAAAAGAAUGUCCUAAUUAUUAGAUCAACUUAUUACUCAUACACUUUCUAAUGAUGGUGAUUGUUUAUAAAUACCUUAAAGGAAGGUAGAUAAUCAUAUUAAAGAAAGAGAGAAAUAUGCAAAAGAUUAUAAAUAAUGUGUACUUCGUGAAUUGAAUAUAAAAUUGAAUUAGAGUAUAACAAGUUAGAAAAAUAUUUGUAAUAAAUGUUAAAUGAUUUGUAAAACUAGAAAAGGUUACUUACUUCAUUUGUUAUAAAAACAUUGUGAGUACAAAUUCUAUUUUUGUAUUAAAUGUUAUGAUAAAUUUGAUAAUUUUAAUAAAUUUAAAUAGCAUUUAUGCAAUAAUCAUGAUGAAAUAAUGAUAUUUUAAGUGACAGAAUAAAUAUAAUAAUUAAUAGAUCAUGGAGCAAGAGAAAUAUCUAAAGAGUGA